AUGACAUCUCAUGAAAAUAGAUCUAUCAAAGAAACCAAUCCCGUACUGCGAAAAAAUCACAACUUGCUACUCAUUGUAGUAGCAUUUUUGCUAAGAAUUGGGUUCUUUUUGUUUGGUUUGUAUCAAGAUGCUACAAUGGAAGUGAAAUAUACUGAUAUUGAUUAUGUUGUCUUUACUGAUGCUGCUAGAUACGUCUACAAAUAUAAUAGAUCACCUUAUUCUAGGGAAACGUAUCGUUACACCCCAUUGCUCGCGUAUUUGUUGGUUCCGACUGCCAUUGAAGUUCCAGAGAAUGAAAUUUUGGAAUUGAUUUGUUUUUCAUUUGGGAAAUUCGUGUUUAUUAUCAGUGACCUAAUUACUGGUAUCUUAAUUUUGAAGUUAUUGGACUACUUUAAUCGUGACGCUAAGAAAUCUAAUUAUAAGAAUCUUGUAUUAUCGGCAAUAUGGUUGUUAAAUCCUAUGGUGAUAACCAUUAGUACCAGAGGAAGUUCUGAAAGUUUCUUAACUGUCCUACUAACAUCAUUUUUAUACUUUUUGAUUGUGAAGCAGAACAUAAUUGUUUCAGCAAUUUUCUUUGCCAUUUCAAUUCAUUACAAACUCUAUCCAAUAAUCUAUUUCCCGACGGUGAUACUAUAUUUGGUUUACAAGGAUAUCAAUCUCAAUGGUGAAAAAUUCAAUUUUCAAGCAUUUAUCGUUAAUCCAAUCUUGAAAUCCAUCUCCAAAGUCUUAUUAUUCACCAUAACAACCUUGUUGGUAUUUUUUGCCUUGGGGGCUGCAAUGUAUCAAACAUACGGCUAUGAAUUUUUGUACAAUAGUUAUCUUUAUCAUUUCAUCAGAACUGAUCACAGGCAUAAUUUUUCGAUUUAUAACAUGUCGCUAUAUUUCAAAUCUUCGCUAGAAUCUGAUUCAAUUAUAUCAAUUGAUUUCACGAAGUUCGCAUUCAUCCCUCAGUUCCUUGUAUCUGCCAUAAUCAUUCCAUUGUUAUUUAAUUUCAAUUUUAAAUUUCAAUCACAAUCAAAAUCUAUCAACAAGGAUAAAGCAAUGCUCUUGUUGAUAUCUUUUUUCCUUCAGACAUUUGCCUUUGUCAACUACAAUAAGGUAAUAACCUCUCAGUAUUUUAUCUGGUAUAUGGUAUUUUUACCAUUCUAUUUGGAAAGUUCGACAUUAUUGAAAGGCAAGAAAUUAUUGGGGCUCGUUUGUUUAAUGGUUUGGAUCCUCGGACAAGCCCUAUGGUUGUUGAAUGCUUAUAAUUUAGAAUUCUUAGGUAUCAGCACUUUCUAUCCAUGGUUAUUUGUCAGCUCUGCCUUGUUUUUUGUUGGUAAUACUUGGAUGCUAGGAGUUUUCAUCGACGAUGUUUUAUCAGUAUAUUUCUGA